UGCGGUGAACUGCCUCACCAGCUUCCUCUCCGGCUUCGUCAUCUUCACCGUGCUGGGCUACAUGGCCGAGAUGAGGGACGUGGAGGUGGAGGACGUCGCGAGAGACAAAGGGCCGAGCCUCCUUUUUAUCACCUACCCCGAAGCGAUCGCCAACAUGGUGGGAUCCACCUUCUUCGCCAUCAUAUUCUUCCUGAUGAUGAUAACGCUGGGGCUGGACAGUACGUUUGGGGGUCUGGAGGCCGUGAUCACAGCCGUGAUGGACGAGUACCCCCAGGUCCUGGCCGGGCGACGGGAGCUCUUCGUCCUUGGCCUCAUCACAGUCUGCUUCCUGGGCUCCCUGAGCACCCUCACCUACGGGGGAGCCUACGUGGUGAAGCUGCUGGAGGAGUUCGGUGCUGGCUGCUCGAUCCUGGCAGUGGUGCUACUGGAAACCAUAGCUGUCUCCUGGUUUUACGGGAUCCAGAGGUUCUCCCACGAUGUGAAAGCCAUGCUGGGCUUCACCCCGGGGGUGUUCUGGAAGGUGUGCUGGGUUGCCAUCAGCCCUGCCCUGUUAGCUUUCAUAGUUGUCAGCUCCCUGCUGGACCAGCCGCCUCUGACACUCUUCGACUACCAGUACCCCGAGUGGAGCGUCUCGGUGGGGUACCUCAUAGGAGCAUCGUCCUUCAUCUGCAUCCCCUUCUACAUGGUGUACAAGCUCGUCUGGACGCCAGGGUCUCUCAAGCAGCGCCUCGCCGUCUGCAUCCGGCCGGAGAAAACGACCCGAGAGCCCCGAGCAGAGGCGGUGUGCAUGGCACCUGUCCUGUAG